AACAGCCUCACUUGCCAAAUCCUCCAUUUAUCUCUAUCUCUCCCUCUCACCUUUUGAGAGAGUUGAACUUACACUUACAGAGCUGAAAUGGAGAUGGCAAUUAGUUUCCACAACUCUUCCUUCUCUAUUCUUAACCCUCGAAGGACUUAUUCCUCUACUUUGUUAACUAAACAUCGUCUUCGUUUCAACUUAUCUUCGUCUCCAAUCACUUCUCUCAAACUUCGUUCUACUACUACAACUACUCGCUGUCGCAGACCAAUCAGAUGCUCCGUUUCUGAAGCUACCGAAACCGCCCCCGAGAAGAAGAGCCAGUUAAUGAGGAGAAGUGAUAUACGGAACAUAGCAAUUAUAGCUCAUGUCGAUCAUGGAAAGACAACUUUGGUUGAUGCAAUGUUGAAACAAUCUAAGGUAUUUCGUGAUAACCAAUUUGUACAGGAAAGGAUUAUGGACUCCAAUGAUCUUGAGCGUGAAAGGGGCAUUACAAUUCUAAGCAAAAAUACAUCUAUUACUUACAAGGAUACAAAAAUCAAUAUUAUAGAUACUCCGGGCCACUCAGACUUUGGAGGUGAAGUGGAACGCAUUCUUAAUAUGGUGGAAGGAGUUCUUCUAGUGGUGGAUUCUGUUGAGGGUCCAAUGCCGCAGACAAGAUUUGUUCUAAAGAAGGCUCUGGAGUUUGGUCUUGCUGUUGUAGUUGUUGUCAACAAGAUUGAUAGACCUUCUGCUCGUCCAGAUUAUGUCAUCAAUUCCACUUUUGAACUAUUUAUUGAACUAAAUGCAACAGAUGAACAGUGUGAUUUUCAAGCAAUAUAUGCAAGUGGUAUCCAAGGGAAGGCAGGACUUUCUCCUGACAAUUUGGCCGAUGAUCUUGGGCCACUUUUUGAGUCUAUAAUCAGAUGCAUACCUGGCCCACGAAUUGAGAAAGAUGGGGCACUACAGAUGCUGGCUACAAACAUUGAAUAUGAUGAACACAAAGGACGAAUAGCUAUUGGGCGCUUACAUGCAGGAGUUCUGCAGAAAGGAAUGGAAGUGAGGGUGUGCACGUCAGAAGAAUCAUGUAGAUUUGCAAGAGUUAGUGAGCUUUUUGUGUACGAAAAAUUCAUUAGGGCUCCUGCCGAAACUGUGGAAGCUGGUGAUAUAUGUGCUGUUUGUGGAAUUGCUGAUAUUCAGAUUGGGGAGACAAUUGCUGAUAAAAUAUCUGGAAAACCACUACCUACAAUUAAAGUGGAAGAACCAACUGUAAAAAUGGCUUUCUCUAUAAAUACUUCACCAUUUGUUGGCCGUGAGGGAAAGUAUGUCACUAGUAGGAACUUACGAGAUCGACUUUACCGUGAGCUUGAGCGUAAUUUGGCUAUGAAAGUUGAAGAUGGUGAAACUGCUGAUACAUUUAUUGUUAGUGGGCGUGGUACUUUGCAUAUAACUAUACUCAUAGAAAAUAUGCGAAGAGAAGGAUAUGAAUUUAUGGUGGGACCUCCAAAAGUCAUUAACAAGAAGGUGGAUGACAAAUUGAUGGAACCAUACGAGAUUGCCACUGUGGAGGUACCGGAGGAACAUAUGGGAUCAGUGGUUGAACUUCUUGGCAAAAGACGUGGGCAAAUGUUUGAUAUGCUGGGAGUUGGGUCGGAAGGAACAACUUUCCUUAAGUAUAAGAUUCCAACCCGUGGUCUUCUUGGACUGCGAAAUGCAAUAUUGACAGCUUCCCGCGGCACAGCAAUUCUUAAUACGCUAUUUGAUAGCUAUGGACCUUGGGCUGGUGAAAUUAAUACAAGAGAUCUCGGUUCAUUGGUUGCCUUUGAGGAUGGAACAAGUACUUCUUAUGCUCUCUGUAGCUCACAGGACAGAGGGCAGAUGUUUAUUGGUCCUGGAGUAGAAGUUUACAAAGGUCAAAUAGUAGGCAUCCAUCAGCGGUCUGGUGACUUAUCCCUAAAUGUAUGUAAGAAAAAAGCAGCCACAAAUGUACGCUCCAACAAAGAACAGACAGUGGUUCUCGAUACACCAUUGGAUUAUAGUUUGGAUGAUUGCAUUGAGUACAUUCAAGAAGAUGAACUUGUGGAGGUCACUCCCUUGAGUAUCAGAAUGUGCAAAAAUCCAAAAUUUGCAAAAAAAGGGAGGUAAACUAUUGUAGAUCUUAUGCUGCAGGGAUCUCACAACCGAGCUCUCAUUGCAAAAGUAAUCCCCAUAUAGUAAACACCAUAUACUUCUGCAAUUAGGUUCAUCUAACAAUGCUCAUUUGAAGCUCCCGCCUCAACGCAGUUUUAUAUAUGUCAAUUCUUUAGAAGAACUUGAGAUACAUCAAGUUUUGCUUUUUCUUAUACUGGUUGUAUAUAGAAAUAUGAGAAGAUGAAAGUUCAAAUUCCAUUGAAAGAUGCACAGUGGCCAAUUGCACUGAGAGGGAAAUGGGCUGCUGAAGAUUUUUGAAGUCAACUGUAAUGCGGGCUUUCAGACAAUAACUUGUUUGAAUGACCGAAAUUGAUUGAAUUAUAGAUUAUUGAAUCAAUUUUAGCAUAAUGAAUCCAAA